AUGGCGGACUGGUGGGAAAUGAAGGGCUCAGGCGGAGGCUCCCGUGUGGCUGGAGGCCCCGGGCGGCUUCGGGAGUCUCCGAAUGAACUGACAGGCACCACUGUGCACCGAGCCAGUGGCCGAGCCGGGCCUGGACAGAAGGUCAUCAUUGCCCACAGCUGGCGGCUCGCCGCACUGCCAGGAAUCCAGCAGAGGGCAGGGACCGCAGGCCUCAUGGUCCUGCAGGCCACCGAGGAUGCCCAGCUGGGCGUGCGGCUGGAACCCUUCCUGCUCCAGGUCGGGGGCCAUCUCAGCGUGAUGCGGUGCCACGAGCACACGGUGCGCAAGCCCCUCGGGCCACGCGAGCAGCGCUCCUACGAGUCCCUGCCACUGGCCAUGAAAUACCUCACACCGCAGUACAAAGGAGCCGCCCUUCUGCCCGCCUCUGGGCCACCACCAGAGCAUGGCAAGGCGGCCACCCCGGAUGCCGACUCCAUGCAGGGAGCCCUGGGCUCUGGGCCCAUCCAGACACAGCGCCCAUUCUCCGUGCCACUGAGGGUUGCGGGCCACGGCUCUCGUCCCGCCCUGGCCCUGUCCGGCAGGCGCCGUCCCCGGCACCUCCAUAGAGACAGCAGAGGCCACCGCAGCCCAGUGGCGCACCCGCAGGAGGAGGCCCGGGAGCCCUGCAAGGCGUCCGCAGAGUCUGUGACGGUGGCCACACGGCAGUCGACGCAGCAGGCCACCGGCAGUGGUGGGGGCGCCCGGGCCCUGGCCCAGGGGCAGCACAUGCGGCAGGCAACUGGGUGGGGGCACAGCACAGGGCGGCGACCCCACCUGAACAGCCCCAUCUGUGCCUCCACAGUAAGCGACGUGAGGGAAGGCGCUGUGGCCCCUGCAUGUCUCGUGGCUCUGGUGAGCGCCGUCCUGGAGAUGCCAGGGCAGAGCCCAUCCCACAGAGCCCCCACCACGGUGCUCCUGAGCACCCAGGUCUCCUUGCGGGUGGAAGAUGCCAAUGGCAACCAGGUCGAGAGGAGGAGCUUGAACCCGUGCCUGCUCUGCCACCAGGCCUACCUGAGCCACCUGUGCUCGGAGCACCCAGAGAACAAGCGGCACCACUUCUUGCUACUGGAAAAUGCGGUGUCACCCUUCACGCAUCCCUGCAUCCUAGACCUGCAGAUGGGGACGCAGCAGCACGGAGACGAUGUCAGAGGAGAAGAGGGCCAGGCGCAGAGAAGUGUAGUCUGUCUACUCCGAGCAAAACCAGACACCGGUGUGACGCCCAUGCAAUUCAUUUUCAAUUUGCAAUUCUUCACAUUUUCUCUUUCUUCUUUUCAACGCAAGGUCUACCAGACUGAUAAGAAGCACUUUCUCUGCAAAGACAAGUACUACAGAAGAAAGCUUUCAGCUGAGGGCUUCCAACAAGCCCUCUGUCAGUUCCUGCACAACAGGGCCCACCAGUGCUCGGAGCUCCUGUCGCCCAUCCUGCUCUGGCUCCAGGCCCUCCUGGUGGUCAUUAGGAGCCAGAGCUCAUACCGGUUCUACUCCAGCUCUCUCCUCAUUAUCUAUGACAGGCAUGAGCCGUUGGAAAGGACUGCAGCUGGUCUGCAUCCUCUGGAAGCUCCCCGCAGGUCCGGCCAAGGUCCGUGUCAGAUGAUCAACUUUGCUCACACAACGUACAAGCGCUCCUGGAAGGAGCACACCACCUACCACAGACCAGAUCCUGGCUACAUCUUCAGCUUAGAAAAGCUCAUCGGGAUCCUGCAGGGCAUCCAAGGGGGAAGUGAAACUCCCUGGGAAUCUGGAAUUUCCCGGGCUAGGUUUUACAAAGGGACCUACUGGAAGCUGGGUAGUCUAGACGCCCCUUAGACGUCUUCAUGGUAACCAGGUCUGCCUUCCAAGACUCUCUGCAGGCACAGCUGCUAAGCAAAGCACCCCACGGCAGCUCCAUGCACACCGGCGCCUCCUGUGUGAGGUGCUGCUCAUCAAUCAGCACAGCGUCGCCGAGCAUGAGUCAGAGGCCAGCGCUGCAGUCACAGUCUGGAGCAUCCAUUUUGGGGAAGGUUUUCUCAUCAUGCGGCAGCCCUCACGGCUGUGAGGCCAAGCCCUACGGAAAGAAGCCCAAAGAGCGAGUUCCCAGUGACAUGAGCCUUGGGCUGACAGAGCUCAUGGACGUCUCCCACCUUCCCACCGGAGCUAGAGGUGGGGCAGUGCCAAGUGGGACCGGUUUCCCAUCUUGCCUGCUUUGUGCUCAGUGUCUAAUGGACAAGGACACGUGGGGUGCAGUUCAGCCACAGGGCAUGUGCUUUGUAUAGGUGAGGCUGAGGCAGGAGGAUUGCCACAAGUUCAAGGCCAGCCUGGGUUACAUACUGAGUUCAAGUCGAGGCUGAACUACAUAGCGAGACCCUGUCUCAAAAAACCAAAAGUAAAUGUAUAAGUAAACAGACAAGGAUAGGCCCAGGCAUGAACCAGGUUCUCCAUUUUUCGCCUGGGGGAGAAUGGUCUUUUAUAGACGUCUCGGUGCCUAUCAGAAAUGGUGAUUCUGCCCCAUUCUGACCAUGAAAUGCAACUUCCAUGGUCUCCGAUUUCUAUUUAUUUAUUGGGGGAGGGGGAGUCACAAACCUGGAGCAGCCAGAAAUCCUAGAGUGAUGUUUACAAGACCGGUGGACAAGUGUAAAUAUGAGGCGAGAGGGAAUGGUUCUAAUUAAUUCCUUCUUCUGCAAUGUGGAGACCUAUUACAAUGCCCUUGAGUCAAGCACUGGGAUCAGCUCCCCAAUUAGGGAAAUAAAUUCGUUAAUAAAAUUGCUGAGGUCACCAGCGAUUAUUGGUGCGCCUUAUUACCCUUUCUGUUUGUUUAUUCUGAUCAUCACACUGAACGGUAGCUCCAGUUUAUGAGUGGGUAGAGUACAGGGCAGGAAGAGCCCACCGGUGUCCUGCAGGCCCUGGGCGCAGGGGUGAGGACGUGGUAUCUGCCAGGCAGGGCCAGAUCCCAAAAGAAGGGCUCCUUUCAUCCGAACCUCACAAAAUGCAAAAGCCCCCACUGGACUCUAACAGACACUCACCAUCGACUUUUCAAAAUCCACGGAAAUAGAAAGGAAGGAGUAACCAGAUCACAGAUCCUCUUGUUUCGGUUCAGACUGUGUCUCCUGGAUUUCCAAGCAGGGGACCCUCCGGAUGUGUUGAGCUGCAUACUGCUUCCUCCGGCCGGUUCUCCCUCAAGACCCCAGCACCGCAUCUCCGCGUCCACACCGCGUCCACACCGCCCGGCUCAGCUUCACUCCCUGCCCCGGGCUCAGUUCUGGGUGCUGUGGGAUGGGCCCUCCACCUCUCCCCACAGACGCCUUCUCCAUGGUGCCCUUCGUCUACCAGGCCUCCUUCUCCAUCUGAACCAUCAGAGGUCCAGCCGAGUCCCCAUCUCCCCCAGAGAUGUCCCCAUCAAAAAUGCUGUAGUAAGAAAGGGACCGUACUGGCUGCUGGUUUCAGUUUUGGUGUUUGAGACAGGGUCUUGCUAGAGUCCAGACUGGCCUUGAACUCACUAUGUGGCUCAGGGUGGCACUGAACUUGUGAUCCUCCUGCCUCGGCCUCCUGAGCACUGGGAUUACAGACGUGCACCACCAGCCCGGCCUUAGUUGCUUGGUUAGGCUCUUCUUACUGGACUGCUGGACGUGGCAGGGUUGCUAUGGCCUGGAACUUGUGCCUGGCCCUGUAGAUCCACGCACUAAGCAGAAUGAGCCCACACACUAGAUCCAACCCCGGGGAGAAGAACAAAGAGGUACAGGGAAGGGAGCUGUGGGGUGUGCGCCUCUCACUCCUGUCCAGGUUCACUCGAAACAGCAACAGGUGUGAGGGGGUCUCCAAAUAACACGGUGACUGGAAGCCAUCCAUUCUGGCCUCUCUGCUCAUCAUGCCGGGGAAGAUGCCACUCUCGGGGAGCUUUGGUUCCAGUUGAGGAGGCGACAAUAACACAUGUGAGCUGGCAGCAAACCACACCGGAUAGUGAAGGCGGGGAGCAGCGUGUGUGGUGUGGGGAAUCGGCCCUGGAGACCCCUUCAAGGCACAGAGGGCGCUGGAGGCAAGGGGACUUCCCCCAGGCCCGAAGGUGACAGGCGUGGGGAAGGGCCAGGGAAUCCACAAAGGAAGCAGCAGGGGGGAGGGUCACGCGUCUGUGGGCUGCACCACACAGGGGUCCGUGCGAGGGGCAGGAAUAAAAAGAGGGGAAAUGGAAACAGCCCAGAGGGUAGAGACGUUAGCAAAUCUGGCCCAGGACCUCAUUCAUUUGUGAUUCCAUGAAUUUGCUCCUCCCUUUCCUCCUCCCUUCCUUCCUUCCACCAAAGAAUCGCCAGAUACCUGGAACACAGGGCACUGUGUUAGGGUCUCAUGGGGAGCAAGGAAGUGUGAGCACCGUGACGUUAUCAGCAAGAACCUCCUGGUCCACCAGGGGCUUCAGCAGGGGCCGGGCCACCUGCCGGGAUAUGCGGAGUGCUCCCCCGGGGGAGCAGGGGCCACGAGAGCCGCUGCCUCACGUCAUCAGCCCAGAGGUGGUGGCUGAGCUCCACCCGGAACGGAGAGAAGGGGAAAGGUGGCAGGAGUUCCGAGUUGACUGACAAGCAGGGGCGCACGCGAGCGGGCUGCCCGUGAUGGACGCCGAUGCCCAGGGAGCUAGAGAACACGAACAAGAGAACUGGAAAGGGCUCCUGACCCGUCUGCCUGCUGCCCCUCUCGCCUGGGUCACUGUGUCCCUCGCAGCCGGCUCCCUUCCUGUCCCAAAGUUCAGGAGCCCUGCUUUCCCCAGCUGGAGACUCACAGGUAUCAGUCAGCGCAGGCGGGCAGCUGUGACAAACACCUCCCUCUCCCCAGCGGCUCCCAUUGCCAUCCAGGCUCCACAGCCUUCCGGGACCCAGGCCCCUGUCCCGAGAUGGCACAGAGAGGGGGACGUCAGCCCGCAGGGAAGCGACCGGGCGUCCACAGCCCUGGGCCAGAAUCAGUCACGCGGCCCUGGACAGAAGCCAGGGGCUCCCAUGGGGCCUCAGGACGGGCCUGGGAAGAGAAAAUGGGUUUGGUGACACCUAGCAAGUCUGUAGGGUAACCUCUUUCUCCAUAGGCCUCUCGGCAGUAGGACACUGACUAAAGCAGAGAGAGACAUAAAGAGCCGCAGGGGAGAGAGAGGACGGCGGGACCCAGCAGCGCCCUCCUCUGGCCGGUCCUCUGCAUCCUCCCUCGGUGCCGGUGCCGUGGGAGCUGGAGGCAGGUGACUCGGGAGCGCGGGUCAUGCGCACCUCCCCUAAGCGGCCUGGCCUGACCUCCCACUGCCACCGCCACCCCUGGCAGGGCAGCCCGGAGACAGUCACCCCGCCCCUGCCCCUUGGGGUUUCCUGCGCUAUUAACGCAGAGCCUGAAGAGCAGAGUGCGGUCCAGCCUUUCCAGAGCGCAGUGUCAUCAGCCACCCAGCCUCCGGCAGUGCCCGCCGCCCCAUCACUAUUACCAGCUGUGCCAGCUCCCAGACCCCGCAGGAAGGGCAGGGAGCAGCCUGGGAAAACAAACAGCAAGGCGAGCCUGCUCACCAGCAGCUCUUCAGAAUGAUCUGAACCUCGGACUCUUGAUUUAAAUCUGCACGCUCUGCAGCGGAAAACACAACCCAGGAGGCGAGGGAGAGCUGAAAAGAAAGCUGGUGAUGAGGCCCGGAUGUAGCUCAGUGGUUCCACCGCCUGCUUCACAAGCGCAAGGUCCCGAGUUCGAUCCCCGGUACCAAAAAAAACAAAACAAGAAAGCCGGUGCCAAGAAGCCCCCUGGGGCAGGGAGGGGGACAGCGGGUCCCGGGGCAGCUGACGGUGUCACCGUGCAGCCAAGCAUCUUGGGAUGGACUGACUGUCCCACGGGGUCCCACGGAGGCCCACCCUGCCUGCUUCCAACACUUAGAAAACCUCCAGACCAAGGCCGCUGUCUGUGCCACUGGGACACUUCAGGGGCCCGAAAAGACUGUUCUGACACGAGUCAGCCCUGGCCCUGGGCUUCCAGUAAUGCAUCUAGGGGUCAGAGCCAGUGGCUUCCUCCAGUUGAAUAAGUGGAAAGAGGAAAAAUCAGCCAAACCCACAAUGAAGCUAAGUAUUUAAUUCCCUUUUAAUGUUUACAUUAUUAACACUGGCAUUGCAAAAUGAUAUUUUUACGUUCAAGCGAUUUUAUUGUGCAAUUCGGUGUCUCGAUUACUGGGAUCAUUAUAACUUAAAACCCCAGGCAGGGGUCCCUCCUUCCCCUCUCCUCCGCCUGCUGAUGCCUGGAUUCCGUACAGAGCAGGCCGGGCUCCACAAAGCCCCAAUACCCAUUCCAGGCUUCGAGGGAGGGUCAGCCCUUCUCUGGCUCCUGGUGACUGACAGGCCUACGAGCUCGAGCUGUGGCUCAAACCACCCACAGCACAAGAAAGGCAAAGAGGCUAGGGACAGCCAGGCCCCAAGGACUGCAGCUCUGCAGCCACCCGGCCUGGGGUCCAGUCCUGGCUCUGCCACCUCCUAGCUAGUGACACUGGCAACUCCUGCUUCUCUGUGCCUUGGUUUCCACUUCUAAAAAUGGGGGUGAUGGUGGUGCUCUGGCCAUUAGGAGGACUAAAGAGCCAGUCUGGGUAAGGCGUUUAGAAUAGUGACUGGCAGGUAGCAAAUACUCGGGGGUUUUUCUUUUUUCUUUUGUGGUUUUUUUUUUUUGGUA